AUGGAAACUUCAGUUAUCUUCCGUCAAACAACUGAUGAUGAUGAUGAUGCACAACAAAAUGUUACUUAUCUUUCAUAUCUUGUAGAUUUAUCUAAUGUAACUAAAUUAGAUUUUACUUUAACAUUUUGUAUAUGUCAAUGGAAAACUAUUCAAUUUAUUAUACAAGCAUGUCCAAAUGUGACUAAAACUGUAAUUGGUACUCGAUUAUUGAUGUUAUCAAAAUUAAUCGAUAAUUCAUUACUUAUUUCAAUAUUUAAACAAAUUAAAAUGAUCAAAUCAAUAACAGAAAAAUUUUAA